GGGAAGGGGAGUUUUUAGGGUGAUUAUGGAAUGGAAAAUUUGUGUGUUAAAGGUUUAAAUACUUCUGCAUAUCUGUUGUGUGUUGCCUUUCAAGCAUAAAUCUGAAUGGUCUUUGUUUUGAAAAAGCUCUUAUUUUGAAGGGCCAUUUUCACCCUAAUGUUUCCGGGUCAUAGGUUUGUUUUAGUUCAGUAGUCUGAGGAAGCUAACCGAAUUUGCAUAUCUACAUUUCUGUGUUCAACCGCAUGAUUGUAUCAAUGUAAACGUCACAGAGGCAACGUCUUUUCACUCUGACCUUGUACAAUGAGAAAAAGAGCCACAGUAAAGAGCAACUAAAGCUUACUAUGACUCACGUCUUCAUUUAUAAGGAAGAGUUUAACUAGUUGUAUAGCUGCAGUUGCUACGCUGCAGUGAGGACAACACAGUGAAAAGACGUUAAAGAGCUGGCGUUGUACAUCGUGGUAAGAUGGAAGCUCAACAAAGCGAAAAGAUUUCGGUGGCCAGCAAAAGAAGUUCCAGGUCAUCUACGGCAUCAAGUAGCUCAUUAAUACGUGCACGAGCUAAAGCAGAGGCAGCUAGAACACAUCUUGCAUUCGCUGAACAAGAAGCCAAAGCUAAAAUAGAGAGGGCUCCUAAGGAGGCAGAGCACCAGAAAGAAAAGGCUGACAGAGAAGCUACAUAUCAGCUGGAAAAGGCAAAGAAAGAUGUCGAGUGAGAAGCGCUCACCAUUCGCAGAGAGGCAGCAAUGGCUGAGGCUGAAGCAGCUGUGUGGGAAGCAGCAGACGGUAUGGAAAAGUAUAUGCUGGUAGAUGAAGUAGGCCCAUCAGAAGAGGAUAAAAUGAGACGGACAAAAGAAUACAUUACGUCUCACUUCGACCCGCACUCAUAUAAAGGCCAUCCUUCUAACGACCCCCCAGCUCAACCAGCCAAUAAAGCUACCCAGUCAACAUGUCAGCCUCCUGAUCUAUAUGUCCCACCAGGGGUUAAGAUAGAAAACCAGGCUCCGCAUGGAGAAUCUGACCAACAGAGAGGCUCAAAGGUGAACCACACCGACUCGAACAGGUCAGCACAGCCCUUCUAUCCCCAGAGAGCACCGACAGCUCCCUACACUGGACACAUGGUCGAACACCUGGCGCAGUAUUUGGCUCGACGGGACCUGGUGAGUUCAAGUUUAUAUCAGUUUGACGAUCAGCCUGAACAUUAUCGUGCUUGGCAGUCGUCAUACAUCAGCGCCACUCAAGGGCUAGGCUACUCACAGCUACUGAGGAAUUGGACUUAAUGACAAAAUGGCUUGGUAAAGAAUCUGGCAACCACGUCAAACGUCUACGGUCAGUGUACAUAACAAACCCAGUCAUAGCACUCACAAAGGCCUGGGAACGCCUCCGGGAAUGUUAUUCAGCAUCUGAAAUAAUUGAAAAAGCUCUUUUCGACCGGCUCGAUAAUUUCCCAAGAGUCUCAGCAAAAGAACAGACGAAGCUACGGGAACUAGCAGACUUGUUAAUGGAAGUGCAGUGCGCCAAGGAGGAUGGCUACCUCCCAGCUCUCUCCUACCUGGAUACCGCACGCGGCAUUGAACCCAUAGUUGGGAAACUGCCCUAUGGGCUUCAAGAAAAAUGGAUUUCAGUUGGUUCUAAACACAAGGAAGAAAAUAGAGGAAGAUUUCCACCGUUUGAGUUCUUCAGCAAGUUUGUGUGCAGCGAAGCACGUAAAAGGAACGACCCUGGCUUUGCUAUCCCAAGCACCAGUGGCUCGCCUGCAAAGUCUGAAAGAACCUUCUUUAAAGGCACAAAGUACCCAAUUUCAGUCCACAAGACGGACAUCGCCCCAACAAGCCUAAGUAUAAAAAAGGAGCCAGCGACCCUAACAAAAGCUGUCCAAUACAUGGCAAGCCACAUCCUCUCAAACGCUGCAAAGCCUUCAGAGCCAUGAACCUGGAGGAAAGAAAGGCCUUUCUCAAAGAAAAAGGAAUCUGCUUUAAGUGCUGUGGCUCAAAUACUCACCUUGCUAAGGACUGUCCGAAUGCAGUUAAGUGUUUGGAGUGUGAUAGCACCUAUCACGACUCUGCCAUGCACCCUGGACCUGCACCUCAAGUCAAGGCCCCUUCAACUCCACCACACAACGGCGGGGAGGAGGAAGAGAGCAGCACCAUUAAAGCUGUGGUUAACUCAAACUGCACAGAGGUCUGUGGCACAGGAAACGUUGGCUGGUCAUGUUCAAAGAUUUGUCUUGUGAAGCUAUAUCCCAAAGGUCAACCGGACAAAGCUAUCAAUGCCUACGUCAUCCUAGAUGACCAAAGCAACCGGUCGCUAGCCAGGUCCAGCCUUUUUGAGCUGUUUAACAUUGAGUGCAAACCAUACUCUUACUAUCUGAAGACAUGCUCCGGUGUAAUGGAAACAUCUGGGCGCAGGGCUGUAGACGUCAUGGUCGAGUCACUGGACGGAAAGGUCACAAUCCAUCUCCCACCACUCAUCGAGUGCAACGACAUACUUGACAACCGCUCUGAAAUCCCAACCCCAAAUGCAGCUCGUCAUCAUCCACAUCUUGUCAAGGUAGCAGAGCACAUCCCAGAGGUCGACCCAACUGCUGAGAUCCUCCUGUUACUUGGUAGGGACAUAAUAAGAGCGCACAAAGUUAGGGAACUUGUCAAUGGCCCCCACAAUGCCCCCUUUGCCCAACGCUUGGACCUAGGAUGGGUGCUGGUUGCAGAAGUCUGCUUGGGGAAAGCGCAUAUACCAACAGUCAAGAUUCAAGAUUCAAGAUUCAAGAUAAUUUAUUGUCAUUUCAGCCAUAUACACAGUAUACAGUGAAAUGAAAUAGCGUUUCCCAAGAACAUAAGGUGCAACAUAGAGCGACACAACAUAGAGUCAACACCUUUAAGACAACCGUGCUUGACAACGGCCGGCCCUCCCUACUCGAACCCUGUACAAACUUCUUGCACAUCAAAGAAAAGGUUUACCAAGGAAAAGAGAUGAGAGACAGGAUUUCAGUUACUAGCAAGUCUGUGGAGGAAACAUUGGGCCAAACAGUUUUCAGUCACACUGAACAUGACAACAAGCUAGCAUCUUCUAUUGAAGAUAGCAUCUUCUUGAAACUAAUGGACAAAGAGGUAUACAGAAAUUAAUUAAUUAAUUAACAGCUGGGUGGCUCCACUCCCAUUCAAGCAUCCCAGACAACGCUUGUCUAACAAUCGAGAACAAGCAGUCAGACGCUUUGCAUCACUCCAACAAAGCUUGAAAAAGAAGCCAGAGAUGCAACAGCAAUACGUUGCUUUCAUGGGGAAAAUAUUGGCGAACGACCAAUGCAGAAUUCGCUCAAGUACUAGAAGAGGACGAAGAAUGCUGGUACCUGCCAUCCUUUGGAGUGUACCACCCUCAAAAACCAGGCCAAAUCAGGGUGGUGUUUGACUCUAGUGCCAAACACUUAGGUGUUUCACUCAAUGAUGUAUUGCUUACAGGCCCCGACCUCAACAAUUCUCUCCUCGGAGUUCUGAUGCGGUUCCGUAAGGAAAAGGUUGCCAUCUUGGCAGACAUACAGCAGAUGUUUCACUGCUUUUUGGUGCGAGAGGACCACAGAAAUUAUUUGAGAUUCCUGUGGUACCGGGACAAUGAUGUGACAAAAGAAAUCAUAGACUACAGAAUGAAAGUUCAUGUUUUCGGCAACAGUCCGUCCCCAGCCGUAGCCAUCUACGGACUCAGGAGAGCAAUUAGAGAGGGUGCACGAGAACAUGGGUCCGACACGGUCAACUUCGUGAAACGCCACUUCUAUGUGGACGACGGCCUUCGUUCUGCGUCGACCAAUGCCGAAGCCAUCAGCUUGUUGAGCAGAACACAGAUGUCACUAGCCGAGUCAAACCUCAGGCUCCACAAGUUUGCCUCCAACAGCCAGACAGUCCUGGAAGCCUUUCCAUCUGAAGACUGUGCUGCAGUUGCGAAGGAUGUGGACUUAAGCGGAGAGGCUGCGUCCACUCAACGCAGUCUGGGUCUCCUGUGGGAGAUGGCAAGUGACACAUUCACUUUCUCUGUUGCAAACACCAUCAAGCCGUUCACUCGCCGUGGUGUCCUCUCCACGGUGAACAGUGUUUUUGACCCCUUGGGUUUUCUGGCCCCAGUCACAAUCCAAGGAAGGCUCCUCCUUCGGGAACUCACCGCUGAGCAGUCCGGGUGGGAUGUACCACUGCCUGAAGACAAAUUCAGCAAGUGGAAAGCUUGGCAAGAAUCACUUCAGGAGCUGAGACACCUUCAUGUACCACAGACAUACACAUCAGCUUUACUAGAAACGGCAGUGCGUACAGAGCUCUGUGUGUUUUCUGAUGCAUCUAUCAAAGCCAUCGGUGCUGUGGCGUAUUUGAAGGCCGUACAAGGAGAUGGACAAACUCACAUUGGGUUCGUCAUGGCCAAAUCAAAACUUGCACCUCAGUCUGAACCAACUAUUCCAAGGCUCGAACUCUGUGCGGCAGUCUUAGCAGUGGAAAUGGCAGACUUAAUCCAUGAUGAAUUGGAUUUGAAGCUGGAUUCCACAAAGUUCUAUACUGACAGCAAAGUGGUCCUCGGCUAUAUCCGUAAUGAAUCCAGACGAUUCUAUGUCUACGUCCAUAAUAGAGUUCAGCGCAUUCGCCAAACCACAAAACCUGAGCAAUGGCACUAUGUGCGCACAGAGGUUAAUCCUGCAGACCAUGCAUCAAGGUCUAUUCCUGCCUCACUCUUGGCACAGACUGCAUGGUUACAAGGCCCUGACUUCUUGCUCGACUCUCCCAACGAACCAGAUCCAGUUCAGUCCUUCGACCUGAUCAAACCAGAAUUGGACGUGGAUAUCCGUCCCCAAGUGAGGAGCUAUGCCACAAAGCUGCAAGAGAAAAGCCUCAGCACAGAACGCUUCCUAAGGUUCUCCAGCUUCAACUCUCUUGUCCGAGCUAUAGCACACUUAAUUCACAUUGUGAGGUCCUUUAAGCUCACUAAAGACAUGGACAAGUGUCAAGGGUGGCACAGGUGUGAUCUGUCUCGAACCCCAGAUGAACUAUCCCUCGCAAAGGAAGUCAUUAUUUCAGCUGUUCAGAGGAGAGCAUUUUCAAAGGAAUUUGAGGCUUUGAUCACGAAUAAGCCAGUCCCGAUAAACAGCAGACUUCGUUGCCUCAGUCCAACCUUGGAGAACAAUCUCAUUUGUGUUGGAGGACGACUAAAGAACGCUAACCUGGGCACUGGAGAGAAGAACCCAAUAAUCCUCCCAAAGGAAAACCACAUCGCCUUGUUGCUUGUCAGACACCAUCACGCCCAAGUCAAACACCAAGGCCGUCACCUGACAGAAGGAGCCAUCAGAGCUGCAGGUUUAUGGCUCUUGGGGGGGAAGAGGCUCAUCAAUUCAGUCUUACACAAAUGUAUAACUUGUCGCAAACUCAGAGGCAAAAUGCAAGAGCAACGCAUGGCAAAUUUGCCUCCAGAACGCCUUCAAACCUGCCCUCCAUUUACAUAUGUGGGAUUGGAUGUCUUUGGACCCUGGUGUAUUACUGCCAGACGAACAAGAGGAGGACAAGCUGAGAGCAAACGGUGGGCUAUGAUGUUCUGCUGUAUGAGCUCCAGAGCCGUCCACAUUGAGGUCAUUGAGUCAAUGGACACUUCAAGUUGUAUUAACGCUUUGAGGCGUUUCUUUGCAAUAAGAGGACCUGCCAAACAGCUAAUGUCCGACUGCGGCACAAAUUUCAUAGCUGCAUGUAAGGAACUUGGAAUGAGCCAAAACCAACCAGAUGCCACGGUGCAGAGGUACCUAAACCAACAAGGGUGCUCAUGGGAAUUCAACCCUCCCACACGCCUCACACAUGGGCGGUUCUUGGGAACGUCUGAUUAAGGUGGCCCGAAGAAUCCUGGACUCAAUGUUUCUCGAACAGCACAAUCGCCUAACCCAUGAGGUUUUGUGUACACUAAUGGCAGAAGUGACAGCUAUUGUAAAUGCAAGGCCACUAAUCCCAGUUUCCAAUGAUCCUGACGAUCCAUUCAUUCUGUCGCCAUCAAUGCUCCUAACUCAAAAAACUGGAGUCCCACCUCCACCAGGAGACUUUACAGAUAAAGAUCUCUUCACCAAACAGUGGAGACAAGUACAGGCUCUUUCCAACAGAUUCUGGAGUCGUUGGAGUCGAGAGUAUUUGCCAACCUUGCAGUGUCGCAAGAAAUGGACCAAAUCUUACCAAAACCUGCAAAUAGGAGACGUUGUCCUUCUCAAAGACAGUCAAGCUACCCGCAACAACUGGCCCAUGGCUACCAUCACAAAGGCCUUCCCUGGAGAAGACGGAAGGGUGAGGAAGGUGGAAUUGAGGACCACAAAUCAGGGACAUCCAAAAACAUUCUUCAGACCAGUCUCAGAAGUUGUCUUACUUCUUACUAAAGACUGAUGUUCAGAGACUCAUGUAGUCCAUCGGGGUCAAUUAAUGACCUCACAGAGGUCAGACGGGGAGUGUGUUGCCUUUCACGCAUAAAUCUGAAUGGACAUUUGUUUUGAAAGAGCAGUUUUCACCCUAAUGUUUCCGGGUCAUAGGUUCGUUUUGGUUUAGCAGUCUGAGGAGGAUAACCGAAUUUGCCUAGCUACAUUUCUGUGUUCAACCGCAUGAUUGUAUCACUGUAAACGUCACAGAGGCAACGUCGUAAGUUGAUAAUUUCAUAAUUACAUUCAUAAGUUAAUGUUAGAAAGUACUAUAUGAAAAAUGCAUGUGAUAUGUUUGUGGCUAAAAACGUUUUAUUUAUAUUUAUUUACAUGUGGAAAGCACCUGUUACAGAGCUAAAUGGUAAUUUUCGUAUUUGUUUUGUUACAGUUUUCACUCUGACCUUGUACAAUGAGAAAAAGAGCCACAGUAAAGAGCAACUAAAGCUUACUACGACUCACGUCUUCAUUUAUAAGGAAGAGUUUAACUAGUUGUAUAGCUGCAGUUGCUACACUGCAGUGAGGACAACACAUGUUGCAUUAUGGAGAUUGAGUUCAGCACUGUCAUUUUAAGGAGUUUGGGGGAGACGUGGCUCUAUCAGAAGUCAGCAUUGUACUGUUGCAGAGGGAAUCAGCAGGAAAGGGCCUUUUCACCACAUGUAUAAAUGCUUACCUUAAAAAAAUGAUCUGUUCAAAUGUAUCAUUUAUAAUUUCACUGCUUUAGUUUAGAACCAGACAGCCAUUUUAUUUUGCACUUCCUUUGAAGCAUAGUUCGGCCUUGUAUUAACACGCCAUCUCGUGUC